UCUUCCUCUUCUUCUUCUUCUUCCUCUUCUUCUUCCUCUUCUUCCUCUUCGUCCUCUUCCUCUUCUUCUUCUUCCUCUUCUUCUUCCUCUUCUUCUGAUCAUCUGAGUCUCGCCGGAGGAGGAGGGCCCCUGGGGACCGACCGUGCUAUGGGAGACGUGCGGCUGCGUUCGCAUCUGAUCGGCUGAGAGCGGCGGGCGGACAACAGAGAUGGGACGUUCUGCUCUACUCACAGUGGUGUUAGCUGGAGCAUUUCUGUGGAUCCCUGCCAUCCAUGCAGUCACUGAAAACGAUGAGAAGCUGCUGUGCACAUGCGAGAAUGAAAAAGGCACAUGUGUGAACGGAACUUGCAGAGGAGACAUCUGUUUCUACUACUUGGGGAAAGACUACGAUGAGAAAGGUUGUUUCUUCCAAAAGAACUACCUGGAGCAGUGCUCCGGCUCCUCUGCCAACUUCUAUGUCUUCUGCUGCAAAAAGAACCUGUGCAACGCCUUCGCCACACCACCUCCACAGAUUAAACCGCCCCCGGAAGUCGCUCGUCCGGAGCUGUGGAUCACCGUGUCCGUGCUGCUGGUAAUCGUGACUGCCGGCGUGUGUGGUCUGGUGCUGUUCCUGCGCUCCCCACAUGCACGCUGCAGACCGAGAAAUGCCGAAGACCAUGAUGUCACCAUGCUCAAGGUCCCUAAUGGAGAUGACCCCACAUAUGGCGAAUUAUUUGAUGAGUUUUGUACAUCGGGGAGCGGGACGGGGCUGCCCUAUCUGGUCCAAAGGACCAUGGCCAGACAAAUCUCCCUCGCCGAGUGUGUCGGUAAAGGCAGGUAUGGGGAGGUGUGGAGGGGAACUUGGAUGGGGGAAAGUGUGGCUGUGAAGAUCUUCUCCUCCAGAGACGAGCAGUCCUGGUUUAGGGAGACUGAGAUUUACAAUACCGUGCAGCUGCGACACGACAACAUACUGGGUUUCAUAGCCUCCGACAUGACAUCCAAAAAUUCCAGCACCCAGCUGUGGCUCGUCACUCACUUUCAUGAGCUGGGUUCACUCUACGACUUCCUGCAGUACAGCAGCUUGGAGCCAGAGAGCUGCUUGAGGAUGUGCCUGUCUGUGGCCUGUGGCCUGGUCCACCUCCACACAGAGAUUGUCAGCUCCCAGGAAAAGCCCGCCAUGGCCCACCGAGACCUGAAAAGCCGAAACAUCCUGGUAAAGCGGAAUGGACAGUGCUGCAUUGCAGAUCUAGGUUUGGCCGUGAUACACUCGCAGUCCCAUGACUACCUCGAUGUGGGCAAUAACCCUCGCGUGGGGACCAAGCGCUACAUGGCCCCGGAGGUGCUGGAUGAGACUAUUCGAAUGGACGUCUUUGAGUCUUACAAGCAAACUGACAUCUGGGCCCUGGGCCUGGUCUUCUGGGAAAUUACCCGCAGGACCAAUGUCAAUGGGAUUGUGGAAGAGUAUCGUCCUCCCUUCUAUGACCUGGUGCCCUCUGAUCCCAGCUUUGAGGAGAUGAAGAAGGUGGUGUGUGUGGAUCAGCAGAGGCCAAGUCUGCACAACAGGCUCCAUUCCCACCCGAUUCUCUCUGCCAUUGUGAAGAUCAUGAAGGAGUGCUGGUACCAGAGCCCCGCAGCCCGCCUCACAGCCCUGCGGGUGAGGAAGACGCUCUCCAGACUGGACCAAGACAGUGACUUCAGCAUUGAAAAACUCAAGCAGGAUGUCUAGACCGGAGGAGCGCCAGGAUGGAGGAGGAGAGGAAAGGCUUGAAAUCGCUAGAAGGGUUUUUGCAUCACAUUCUGAGCAGUACGAGGUGCAUAUGAUUAGCAUAUUCUGAGCUAAUGACUCACACAGUCAGUGAAUUACAUUAAAACCAUGUGACUUUGAACAGCAGUGUCUAGACUGUCUCAAACCCAGGGCUAUGGGUUGUUUUAUUUUGUAUAGCCUAAUUUUCAACUGCCCGAUUUCUGGUGCUUCAAACCAUUAAAAGAAAACUAUUAGGACAAAAAACCUUUUAUCAAGGUAUUUUUCUUUUUGUUAUGUCCAGCUUAUUAAAGAUUUGAUCAGCACAUGCAUUGCAUAAUAAUUGAAACCAAACAAUUCACAUGCUAUUUUCUUCAGGGCUUUAGUCACUAUUGUCUAAAUUCCCCAUCAUCGUGACACAAUGGAAAAUCUUGCAUAGCACAAUUACUCACCCUCUUAUUAAGAGGAAGAGCUCUGCUAUACUGUCAGGUUAAACAUAUGGGUUUUUCCAUAAUAACCAAAACCAAAGAAAAGCAAAGAGAGCAGGGAGCCCUCGGCUAACAUUAUGCUCAGUAAGCAUAUUUAACUUAUAUAAAAUGAGCAUUUAUUAUCUGCACAUAGACGCAUUGAGCAACAUUAGUUGUACAUAUUCUAGCAGUACUGAAGCUGCCAUCUUGUAUCACUGUUGGUGUUAUUGUAAAUAUUUUUAUAAAAGGGAUAUUAUUAUCUAUUAUUCAACAAUGACACACAAUUUACAUCAUUUUUGUACGACACAGUUUUUGAAAUUAUUUUUUUACAUUUCUGUAGGCCUAGAUGUACCAUCACUGUCACCAUGGUAAAGGAAUUCAUAUGCAAUACUGUAUAUGUUGAAUAAAGGAUUGUAUUUUCAAA